AUCUCUGACGGAGCCGUGCUAUUGUUCCUGAGCAAGUAUAUAUUGAGCGUCUCUUUUGAGCAAACUGCUGCUCUCUCUUUUGUUGCCUAAAAGGUUCUCUCUCUCUUCACCAACUCGAUCAGAACCAACACCAACAACUCAACCAAGGACCAACAAGUCUAUCAAUAUGGUGCCCACCAUCACCCGCCUCGCCGGCUUUCUGGCUUUCUUUGGCGCUGUUCACAGCGCCCCCGCUUCCCUUGACCAGGCCACUGUCUCCAUUGGCUUGGAGGGCCGCGAGAUUGUUCCGGUCCAGUGGAACCUCCCCAUCAACAUCAACGACCCCAAUGGCAAGAAGGUCGCUGUCACCGGUACCAUCGAAGAGGCAGUCGCCAGGAUGGAAGCCCACUUCCCUGGUUGGAACCAAUCUUUUGUGGCUCAACUGCCCGCCGUCCAGCUGCCCUCGCGCUUCGGCCUUAGGGCGGACGACGACCCGGAGUUGGGCAACGUGGUGUCUACUGACUGCAAUAUUCCCGGGGAGGCGCAGAGCGAGUAUCGUAUUGGCCAGGGGGUCUCGUACUUGCGUGGCUUGUCGGGCAAAGCGAGCAACAAUCCGGGCAAGUGUGGACGUGUCAGCUGCUCCUAUCACACUGCCAUCUACUGGUGCAAUGAGGAUAUCGUCGACAAGGAGGUCGAGUGGAACGCCAUUGCUGAUGGAGCAUAUGACGUUUGUAGGAACUGCGAGAAGCAAGAUGACAAGGGAGUUUACCAUGCCAAGGGCACGGUGACAUUCAAGGAGAAGUUCAGUGUCACUGUCAAGGAGGACUGGGAAAACUGCUAAAUGCAGAUGAUGUUAUUCGCGGCUAUCUGGCAAUGGAGGACACCGAGAUAUUUCGACCAUUGCCAUCUUCACAGCAAUUCCAAUUGUUCUGUGUGAACCUCUAACUCAACUCUAAGGACCCACUGUUCCAGGGGAAGAAAUGUAUUGGUCUGAAACUAGCUCCGCGGAGCUCCAGGGCUGAGCUAGAUUCACUAGACAAAGAGUUUGGCAUCGCUUAUCUUGGGCCGGGAGAUCUUCGUCAAAGUUUUCUCGUCAGAGCCUUUUUUUGUGAAAUGCUGCUUGGCUUUCUGUGGGGGGGACCCCCCUCAAACCCCCACGUCGAGCUGU